UACAAGAGCAAAAGGGACAGGGUUAAACUGAGGAUGCAAAGCUCAUGUGAGCUGCAGUUUGAGGAGAGAGAGGCAGAGCAAGUGAGAAGGAAAGAGAGCGUGUGGAGGAGAGACAAUGUGUUUUCAGGACUGGUUGAUCAACAGUUGGCUUCAGGGGGAGGUAUCAGAGGGAGCUAGACCAAAAACAGUGAAAGAGGUGUAGAUAAAUCAGUUUGCAACUUGUGUGGAACUGAUGAUUUUUUCUUCUCAUCUCACUAUACUCACUUCACUUUGGAGAGGCAGUGGGAUGUGACAGUAAAUCACAGAGAAGUUGAUUCAAAGACUCUCCAGGAAGGACUCAAUGAAACAGAAUGUGAGCUGGAUGCCACACAAAUGACUGAAACGGGAGAACUAUGAGCCAUAAAGUGUGACCGCCUCUGUUUGGCCUCUGCAGAGCUGGACUCAAACAGGAAGGGCUGGUGGAGACAAUUUCAGCUGGAGAAGAAACCAUCAAACAUUUUCAAGAAACAGUCGGCAUUUCUCUGGCAAGCCUCUUGUCUCUCUUAUGGAUUUCCACACAUCCUUUCUGCAGCUGGAGCUCUGAGCCUUGAAAGAUCUUUGAUUUGCUGUUUGACCUUUGACCUCCAGUGACCUUUUUAGGAAAACAGCAAUAAAACACGACUCCAGAUCAACAGAAUGUUCUGGAAGCUGGCAAUACCUGCCAUUUUGGUGUGGACCCUUUGUGUAUCCAUGGAAACCAAGAAGCCACGCCCUCAAGGUUCCAUCCCCUCUCCUUACAAGCUAAAGGGCAAUGAGUUGUCAUCACCAUCCCUCUCGCUAGCAUCAUUGCGGCAGCACAAGUCCCCACGUCGACAGAAAGGUAAACAUGAUGUGCUGUCGUCGAGCCGCGAGGCCCUAGUGGUCACUGAGAGGAAGUACCUGAAGAGCGACUGGUGCAAAACGCAGCCAUUACGUCAAACAGUGAGCCUGGAGGGCUGUCUGAGCCGAACCGUGAUCAACCGCUUCUGCUAUGGCCAGUGUAACUCAUUUUUCAUCCCACGCCACUUGAUGUCCCAAACCUUGUUGCAUCGAAGUCAAAAAACGGUGCCUGUGCCAGACCACAACACUUCAUUCCAAUCCUGUGCAUUUUGCCGGCCAAGCCGGAUAACCACGGUUACCGUACGGCUUCACUGCCCUGGGCUACAGCCGCCAUACCGACAACGGAAAGUGCAACGCAUCAAGCAAUGCAAAUGUGUGUCUGUUAAUGUCAAUACUGCAUAAUGAGUACCUAUAGAAAAAAGAUGACACAAAUAUAUAGCUGGACAAUGCUUAUAAUGCGGGUGUUCCUUCUGACUGGGACAAAUAGUGAACUGAGGUUGUCCAGCAAGGGCAACUCUAGAGGGGAAUGGUAAAUUGCUGCUGAGCAGCAUUGCAAACAAAGCUGGAUUUUUUUUAAUUUCUUUUCUUUUUUUUUUUUUUUUUAAGAACAGCACAAUGAAGCUGAGUGUUCAGUUACUUGUUUGAUGUAUCACCAAGUAUAAGACUGACACAGUAAAUAUCAAUUCUGUUCUAAACAAUCUAAUGAUCAAGUCAAUGUGAGUUCAUGUUUGAGUUCUUGUUUGAAUUUAUGUUGGUCCUGAUCUUGAAUUGUUUUCUUUAUUAACAGACCUUAAGCCAGGUGCACACUGUACGAUAUUUACGGUCCUUUACGAUUGUUGUUUGCCAGACUGUAUGAUAUGAUCCCAGUGAGAUCUUGGGUAAAAGUCAUGGUACACUGUGCGAUACACAUCACAGCCAAGACUUUGGUAGACAAUCGUCCCAAAUGCAAGUGUUGAUUGGGUGUUGUAUCUCACUCAAUUUCUAACACUGCCGGAACUUUAUUUGAGGCUAUGGUUCAUUGCAAAGGAAAUAAAUCGGCUAAGCAAACUAAGCAAGCGAAGACUGCAGAUUUUGCGCUACAACAAAAUAAAUCUUUUACGAUCCCAGAAAUUUGUCUCACCAAAAUUGUACAGUGUAAACCCAGCUUUAGUCAGGGUAUACGCCAUUUUAAAUUUUUCUUUCAUUGAAAGCAAGGCUGUAAGGGGAAGUCGUACAGUCCGUUCUAUGGGUUGUACAAAAUGUUCUAGAUCAUACCGACUUUUCAGAGUUUUCCAGAGUUCUUUUGAGUACUGUAUUUUUUGGCAUUAAUAUUUUAAUGUUUUGUCAGCUGAGUUAUCAUCACCAAGGCAUUGAACUGUAUAGAACAACCCCUUGAACAGUCUAUUCCUCACCACCUCGUUUUCAUUUGCCAAAAACUACCUAUCUACCCUGUCUAGGGUCUACAUAUCCUAGGAUUUUCUAGAAAUGCUGAUUCUCUCUUAUUCUUGAUACUUGAGAGUAGUAGAAAUGGCUUGAGUACCAUCUACACUAUAUGGCCAAAAGUAUGUGGACACCCCCUUCUCAUUAACAGGGUUUGGCUAUUUCAGCUAUUGUGCACAAUGCCCCAAAGUGAGGUCCACAAAAGAUGGUUUACUGAGUCUGGUGUAGAACAACGUGACUGACCUGCACAAAGCCCAAACCUGAACCCCAUUGAGAUGAACUGAAACACUGAAUGUGAGCCAGGACGCAUCAUCCAACAUCAGUUGCUGACCUCACUGAUGUUCUUGUGUGUUAGCAAAUGGGAGCAAAUCCCCACAGCCAUGUUCCAAAAUCUAGUGGAAAGCCUGUCCAGAAAAGUAGAAGCUGUUAUAGCAACCAAGAACAGACCAACACUCUAUUAAUGCAAAUGGUUUUGAAAUUAAAUGUUCAACAAGCACAUAAGGGUGUGGUUUUCAGGUGUCUGCAUACUUCUAGUGUAUUUUUACCAUCUUGACUUACCUAUUCAGUCCUUUUAUAUUUCAGACAUAAAAGGAUGCUGAGUGAAGUGGACCUUAUCAACAAAAUACUGGAGGUAGUUCAUUAUAUUUUGACUUUGAAAACAAUCAAGUCAGUUAGACUCUAUUUUGACUUGGUACUGCCAUUGGUUUUGCUGCAUCCAGUAGAAAUGCUGUCAUUGGCUUAAUUUCAUCCACAUACCUUUGAGCCUUUUUAGUUUCUAUGAUGAUGCACAAUGUACACAAUAUAAACUGAGAUUCAUAAUUUUUUUAAAUAUAUAUAUUUACCAUUAAUGACAAUAUCUAACAAAAUAGCAACAAUGUGUAGAUAAAUUUUAUAUGUCAAAUCAACAA